AUGGCUUCAGACAAUCUAGUUAUUGUUGUUCUUGGGUCAACAGGAAAUCAAGGCAGAGGUGUGCUUCAGUCACUUCUCCGCGAAGUCUCAGCUACAUGGCACGUUCGCGCAAUUACGAGAAAUGUGGGAUCUCCUGCGGCCCAAGAGCUUCUGAAAACUUUCCAAACUCCGGACGAGCGCUUGAGUCUUAAAGCUGGUGACAUUUACGAUCUUGCAAGCCUCAAAGAUGCAUUCAGUGGGGCGCAUGGUGUGUUUGCGGUGACCAGCGAGCUCUCAGGCAAAAUUAUCGCGAAUGAAGAAGGCAUGAAACAUGAGCUUCAAGCAGGCAAAAAUAUUGUUGCUGCCGCCAAAACUUGCAACGUGAAGCACUUUGUUCUUAGCAGCUUGCCUAAUAUGAAACAAGCUACGUCGGGUAGGUUCCAAAAGAUCUUUCACAUGGACCACAAAUCCAUUAUCGAGCAAUGGGCCAAAGAUGAAUUAUCAGCGGUAACAUGUCUCAUUCCUGAGAAGGUCAGGCCCAUGGAGCUCAAGUCUAGCACAUCCUCUAAUCUUGAAGCAGAAAAUGGAGUUGUUCGCUUUUGUCCACCGAUCCCGGCCACCAAGCUUGUUGAAUGGGUCGAUCCUGAACAUGACAUGGGAAUAUUUGCUGCACGGGUGUUUGCCCUGGGAGUCACGAAGACAAAUGGUAAAAGCUAUUUUGUCGGUGGUAAAAAGUUACGUAUGGAAGAUCUUGCAUCGACAUUCGCACGACACACCGGCCAACCAGCGAUCUAUGAUCCAAUUACUAUUGAUGAGUGGGCCGAUAUGGCUUCCCAUUCAGUUGGUCCCGGAUUCAAAGAGGAUAUCCGUCAGAUGAUGGAAUGGUUUUCGAUUGCACCAGAGGAGAAAAGAUGCUAUGGCGCUCUCGAUCCUGCUGAUGACGUUGCGCUCGAAGAACUUGGCUUAGAAGCUAGUUCCUUCGAAGAUUGGUUAAAACGUUCCAACUGGGCUGGACCAUAA